AUGGAAGUUGAACCUCUUCAAGAUGGUCUCCCGGACCGUUACGCGUUUGAAUCUGACGACUCGGAGGAUGAUGUUGCGGCAAACACAUAUCCAGGCGUGACGAAGCGAACUGCGAGAGUUAAACCAGCUCCAGUCAUUGAAAUUACGUGGAAAACAGAGCAGAGACAGCUCGCAAGCGACCAGGCUUGCGUGGCCAUAGGACAAGGAGGUCUCUUCUGGGUUGCAGGACUCGAGCUAGGAGACAUUUUAGUGUGUUUGAAUGUUGACGGAGAUACAGUCGUCGACAUCUACGAAACCCAAGGGGUUGUAUUGGCCGUGGUUCGUUUCGAGCUUCCUAUCGAUGUCAUGCAUGGUGUCGCAUCAUGUCUUCUAUCGUUUAUUUGUCCCAAGAGGAUGAGCGUUAUCGAUGUGUACUCGGCUCCAGCGUACAUAUCAGCCAAAUCUCGAGGUGAUACCGAUCUACCAAUUCGGUUCCUGCAGACAUCGACGUCUACGUUCAAGCACGCUGAGCUUCGACCAUUCAACCCUCCGAAUCUAAUCCUUUCGACGUCAGCUGCGCUGAUGAACCUUCUGGAGACACAAGGAGACACACCUGGAGUGCUUCUACUGUUGCCGGUGCCAUACAUCGAACGCUCACCACCGAAGCGGGCCGAACCCACCAAUAUUUCCGUCUCUUGGACAACAGAUCAAAUGAAGAGACUGUGUGAAGCAAUCAACUCUCCACUGCGCUGGGAUGGUCAGAGAGCACAAAAGACAGGAAGCAAGACGACAGUCAGGGCCGCAAGACGCAAGGAUUCGGAUGUCUACGACAUGCAGAUGUACAUAUAG